AUGUGUAGCCUAGUGCUUUUCAGCACCCCCUCUUAUCUAUCUAUCUAUCUAUCUAUCUCAGCAUAUUCAUUAUCUAUCUUCUGUUUUGUUGCAUCCUUCAGUAAUUUUCUUUCUGUAGAGUUAAUUAUUAUCUCCUCUUAUAUUAUUCAAUGUUUCUUUCCUCUGUUUUUUGACAGCAAAUUUUAUAACUCAGAUGCUCUUCUGCGAGACUCUCAUUUCUUCAGCAAUCUCUUGACAGUCACUCAAGAAAGAAAUGCAAGCAAGCAAAAGAGGAAUGUCUCAUAUCUAUCUAUUUAUUUAUCUAUGUCAUCUAUUCAUAUCUACGUAUCUAUCUACCUCAGUCUAUUUAUAUCUAUGUAUCUAUCGAUUUCAAUCUAUUCAUAUCUACGUAUCUAUCUACCUCAGUCUAUUUAUAUCUAUGUAUCUAUCAAUUUCAAUCUAUUCAUAUCUAUGUAUCUCUGUUUGUUCAUAUUUAUCUAUCUCAGAAAGACUUUAAAAAGAAAUGCAAGCAAGCAAAAGAGGAAUAAUCUAUCUAUCUAUCUAUCUACAUCGAGGUUCCAAUCUAUCUAUCUAUCUAUCUAUCUAUCUAUCUAUCUAUCUAUCUAUCUAAAAGAUCUAUUUGCUUUUUGUUCAUAUCUAUCUUUUUCUGCUCAUAUCUAUCUAUCUAUCUAUCUAUCUAUCUAUCACAAUCCAUUCAUUAUCUAUCUAUUUAUCAUUUAUCUAGCUUUUUUUUUAAACAUUUAA